CAUUUCCAGGCUCCCGGAGCAGCAAACUGACUGCAGAGACCAGAACACUGACUGCUGCCUUGACACGAUCUCAGGGCUCUGCAAACCAGUGUUUCCUGUGUGGUUCCUGUCCCCGCUCUCGCCCCGGUGAAGCCACGGACACAUGAGCGUCAGGGUCAGUGGGUGAGGGGUUGUGGAGGGAAGAGUGAAGAGGGAGAAUUCCGAGUGGCGGCCUUGCCUGGAGCCUUCUAAAGCCCCAGGAAGGAGGGUUUCCUUCCUGGUCCUUCUCUCACAGGAACUCUGGGCUCUGUGGAGAGGGCCAGGGUGAGGAGCUGACCCCCAUCCCCGGCCCUGAGAGAGACAGAAGCCUCUACACAGGAAGGACGGGCCAACAACGGGAGGAAGACGAGCCACUACACAGGAGGGACGGGCCAACAACGGGAGGAGGAGGGGCCACUACACAGGAGGGACGGGCCAACAACGGGAGGAGGUGGGGCCACUACACAGGAAGGACGGGCCAAAAGCGGGAGGAGGAGGAGGAGCCACAACACCGGAAGGCCGGGCCAGCAGCAGGAGGAGGAGCCACAACACCGGAAGGACGGGCCAACAACGGGUGGUGGAGCAGGAGGAAAGAAGCCCAUUGGACAUCUGCCUUGGGAGAAAGCCAUGACUAGUCUGGAGCUGGACAGACCACUGGACUCUGGCUGGACGCUCAUACUCUGAAACCUCAAACCCCAAGCACAAAAUUGAGACGAGUCUGGACCUCCAUACACAUCUGGAUGAUGAAGAGUCUCCAGUUCAGAAGCAUAGCUCCCAAGGCCCCAGUGGCGGUGGCUCAUUCCCCGGCCCCCAUCCUGGCCUGCAAGCCCCCCUCUGCUCUCCCGGAGUCGGCUACCACAGCCGUCAGCCCCAAAUCCAUCCUGGUGCCGGCCCAGAACUACGCCCUGAUGCAGGUGGCAGGUCAGGAGGGUACCUUUUCUCUGGUGGCCCUGCCACCCUCUGUACCCCCUCAGUCUCCACAGCAACAGCCACAACAGCAGCAACAGCCAAUCCAGCAGAAUCUGAAGCUACCCAUUUCAAGGUACCAGCCAAUGAGGACCAAAAGCACCCCGGAGAAGGUCAAAGGCAUGCUCACUGCAGGCACUGCCAGGGGGGCUAGAACUCCCACCAAAGUUGUCGGGACAACUCGAACACAAAGGUCGAUAGCUGGGGUGAAGAAGAAGUUGUCCACGCUGGAACCAAAGGAGGAGCCAACAGAUCCUGUCAUACUGAUCGACUCCUCUGCCUCAUCUGAGAUCUCAGGCCUUACAGCCCUACUCCCAGACAAAGCUGUGCUUUACUCUGCCUCUCCACUGGAGCAAGUAGCUGUGGUGGACACCACCACCACCACUGCCGCCGACCUCCGGUCCACUCCUGCCCAAGGCCCUGCCCCCAUCACCAGUAUGCUGCAGAACCUUCACUACCCAUCUGGUGCUGUUACUACCAGCUCACCCGCCAAACUGCCACCGGAGGAAAGUGGCGGUAAGGCUGGCUACAGGCAGUGCCAACCAAAGCCUGGACCUACAGCACAGCCCCAUCCACAUCCAGGGAGUAGCAGCAUCACCGUCCUAUCUCCAGCCAUCUUUAGCAAAGCUGUCCAGAUCAUCCCCUCCCCACCCAAAGGCAAGUUGCCCAUCCUGCCCUACUCCAAGAUGAAAAGCACCCUAAUACCUGCUGCCAAACUCCAGCUUAACACCCUAUCCCCCAAGAAGGCUUUUCCCAGCCAGCCCGGCCUGCCUGGCCUCACCACUGCUUAUCCCACUGAUCCCCUGUCCAAGACCCCGGAGACUGCAGAGGCCCUCACCCAGAACCACGUGCCAAACUCCCUUCUGCAGAGCCGACCUCAGACCAAGACCACAGGCACCCUGUCACUGUUGGGACCGCUCCAGGUCCAGAAACCACCCGGCAAGAAGCGGGGACGUAAGAGGAAGACAAUGGAGGACAUUCUGGCUUUCGAGGCGAGAAAGAAAAGGUCCUUGUCGUUCUUUCGGAGGAGGGUCCCAGAGAAGCCUUCUCCUUCGCCCGCCAUCUCUUCCCUGGGGUCCAGGCAGCAGCAGGGGGAGGUGGACAUUUCCAAGAAGUACCGCAGCAUCAGACCCAAGCCUCACCACAUGCUCCUUAUGGAGACAGUUCCUCAGUUGGUCAGCCUGCCCUCCCUUGCCUCUUCUGACAGCCUAGAGCCGGAGCUCCUUGUGGGACACCAGUUGUCCGCCAAAGUCCUGCAGCCUGGUCCUCCCCAGUCCCAUUCUCAGCAAGCUUCCCCCUCGAUCCACCCGAGAGGGGUGUCUUCUCAGAGGGUGUACCUAGGUAACAGCCGGCCUCUCCACCGCUGCCCAACCUGUAGCCGCUGCUUCCAGUUCAAACAUCACCUGCAGAGCCAUAUGAAUAGCCACACCAACAGCAGGCCCUACAUCUGUCCGGUGUGUCGUAAGGCCUAUGCCCACUCCGGCUCCCUCAGCACCCACAUGAAGCUACACCAUUCAGAGGGGAGACCCCGCCGGACGCUGCGCUGUGAGUUCUGUGAGAAGGCGUUUGGCUAUGUGGGCGUCUACUUCAGUCACCUCAGAGAGGUGCACAAGGUGAUCCUGACGGUGGAACCGUCUAUCAGCCAGCAUGAAGACGACGUGCCUGUAGAGGGGGCGAUGUCUCCGGACUCGGGGGACGAGCAGGCCCAGGAGGAACGCGAAGACCCCGUGGAGCUUCAGAUCAAGUGCGGCCGCUGUCAGGCAAUCACCCCCACCUUUGCCGACAUGAAGCUGCACCUGCUUUAUGUGCACGGGGAAGAGGUACAGGUGCGCCUUCGGGACGGGGGGGCAGGAGGGGCCCCGCGAGGGGGUCGGGAGGCCGAGGAUGAACUGGUGAAACACGCCGCGCACUACUGGCGACAGCUCAACGAGAAGAGGAACCUGGUGCGAUGUGGCAGCUGCGACGAAGAGUUCUUCUCUUUCUCAAAGCUGAAGCGACACAUCCUGUCCCACCACCAGGGGGGGGCGGAGGAUGACGGGGGUGUGGAGGGGGACCCGACGGGACACUUGUCCAGGGGAGGGAGAGGGGUACUGGGACAUGACUCAGCGUUUAACUGUGUGCUAUGCAGCCAGGUUAUGGACAGUAAGGAGGAGGUGAUGGAGCACUGGAGGGGCCAUCACAAUUGCGAGGAUACCCAUGUACUCUGGGAGGCCCUAAGCUCCUACUCAGGGGAAAGGGAGAUCGACAUUGACAGCCCUCCCUCUCAAAGCCCACAUUAACAUGGCACUGGCUACAGAAAUAUCUCUGUUGCAGUCACGCUGCACAUCUCAGAAGAUUUAACUUACUCCUUUUAGCUUCUAAUGAAGUGAAGGGCCUUAACAGUGCAUCAGAAUAUUGCCAUAGAAUAGCUACUUGUUUUGGCCAGAUCUGAUAAUCAGGACAGCAACUGCAAUCAAAUGACCUGAAACUGUCAGUCUGAAGUCCUGUACUGUGGGCUGCUAUCAAAUACCCCCAGUUAGGACCUUUUUACACUAUGGAGCCCCAUUUGUCUUUUCAAAUGGUAUUUUCCAGCACAGUUUCACCAACUACCGAAUGGUGGAUGCCUAACCACUAACUUACCAUGCCAGUGCAGUACAAUGCAGCUUGGCUCGGCUCGGAUCAGUAGUGUGAAAAUGGUAAAGGCCUUGAAGAGGUCAGAGAUUAUAGUAUAGGUUUGCUUGUUUGAGAAUCCACUUGCUGGGUUAGUCAUUACGUCAGUAUUUUGUGGACUGCACUGUUGGUUAUUGAAUUUUUUUGGUAAUAUUUUGUUAAUGAAUAUAGAAAGAUUUUGGGUGGACAUAUUUAAGUAUUUUAUUUUUACAUAAUUUGUCAACACAAUGACUUAAGUAAGCAAAAUACCAGUAGUAGUAAGGUCAUACAAUAUCUGUCUGUUAACAAUGAUAUUACUUGCAGUGGUUAUUAUGCUUGAUAAAACAGAGAUGGACAUGAUCCAGUGAAGUCUAGGUUGGAUAUGACUUUAGACAAUAACAUUUCUAUUCAACCAAGUAUUACGGCACUGUCUUUCUCUGGUCAUUUUCACCUAGAGAAGUCAGUUUAUCUUUUUAGUACUGUACACCAGCAAUUGACAUGCAUCUGAGGCCUUCUGACAAAUGUCAGUCUAGUGAUCGGCACCUACACAAUCUGGCUCAAAUAUUACAUCUGGCUCAUCUACAUGGAUUUACCAGGACUUUUUUUGAAAUGUAUUUAUUUGCUUGCUCUUUGGUAAUGGAGAUAGUGAUUGAUAACCAAUGACAAAAGUUAUAUUUGUUGCUAUUAUAUAAUGUUGUGAUGAAAGCAUUAAACUAAUGCUGCCAGCUGAUAUUCAGUUUGUUAACCUGUGAUCGAGAGGAAUCCAACUGUCAUCAGAUAAAUUACAUUUUAUAGAUCCUGAGGUAAACGUAUGCUAGGGCCGCACGAUUAAUCAUAUUGAUUUGUAUUGCGAUAUAAACGUGAAAUAUUAUAAUCCCAAACUUCUGCGAUUUUCGGUUCCAUAAAAAUGUGAAUGGGUUGUCCAUUAGUCAUUCACGCCAACGUUUUUGUCAUGGAUAACAAAAAGUCAGUGACAGCAGUUCUGGAACCAUUGUAUCCCUUAAUUGUAUGCACCGAAGCACAGGAGUGGCAGACUCAGACCGUGCAGUAUAGGCCGCCUGCAAAGAGGACCGAUGUAACAUUUUCCCCUUUGUGAGACUUAUUGUUUUGUUCAAACACUUGGGGUGUACACACUGAUCGCAUUAGGAAUGACGGCUCAAUUCAUUGAAAUGAAGGGAUGCCCGUCAAUUGAGUGACUCGUUCGGAGAUGCGUACAAGGCAAAGAGAAAUUCUGCUUUUCCCAACUUUAUGCAAAUCAACUGCACCGAUAGCUGUGGACUGACCAAUCAUGGGAUUGCAUGUGGCUAUGCUUAAACCUUGAUACACAACUAAACGUGCCGUUAUGAUAACAGCACGCCCACUAGCGAGCCACAAUGGGCAACGCUAGUGUGGCUAUCAGAAUUUUUGCAGUGUGUACACACUGUAACCACUGGCAACUGAACAAAUGUAGCAAACGCCUUCGCAUUGAAAGAGUACUACAAUGUUUUAGACACCGGCUUUACCAUGAAAUUGGUAAUGUGUUGCAUGUUUCAAAAGCACUUACGUUUUUUGAGUGGUUAUUUUGUAUUCAGUUAGUACAUUAUGUAGGCUAUGAUUUCAAUGAUCUCAUUUUAGAAGGGAGGUUAUGUAUGCUGUUUACACCAAAGUGUUUGAAAAUCGCAAUUCCUAAUAGUAAUUGAAAUAUUUGGCAAAAAAAGAUUCUAUAUUUUAAGCAAAUCGUGCAGCCCUAUUGUAUUCUUUAUAAAUGUUAUUACUCAGUCAUUGGAAAUCUGUCAGAGAACGUGUCUGUUUACCUGAUGAUGGGGAUCUUCAGUGUUGUUUUGCUUGGUUGAGAAUGAACUGUAAAGGGAUGUAGAUGUGGUUUAAACAUUUGUCAGACUAACUUUUGUAUGGAAAGAAAAUUACAGGGUAAGUGAAUGUACCUUGAAUGUUUUAAAACCCUACCAAAUUCUCUCUCGCUAGAAUAUAUAAUAUACACACACACAUUGAAUAUAGAUGUAAAAAUAUAAUUUGAUUAUUUAUAGCUAUGUAUAGAUACAGUAUAUUGAGAUUAUAUAUUUGCAUAGAAUAUAUAGUGAGUAUGCUGCUUUGUUCUAAUGGAGAAAAACUCGAAAGAAUUAUUAUUGUCAAACCGGUAAUUUAAGCUGAGCGAAGCAUUCUCUGCAUGUCUAACAAAAACCAGGGUACAUCCCAAAUAUCAGCCUAUUCUGUAUCUAGUGCACUAAUUUGACUCCCACAGGACACUAUUAGGGGAACAGAGUGCUAUUAGGGAUGCAGAAAUCAACAAAGAACUGGCCUCCGUCACACAGACUUGAGGCUACAGAAAAGUGACUUGCGGCACAAACAAAUCAAUGGUGUGAAAAGUAAUCACAUAGUUAGUCUGUCUCACAAAAUGACUGUCAAAACCUGUCAAAGUGUUUGUGAUCGUGUCUGUGAACCUGAAAACCUUGCCUUUCUUAGAAUUAUACAAAUAUAAUGCUUUAUUGAAUAUGACAAGAGGACUGUGUGAUAUCUAACAGGAUAAAAUACAUUUUAAAAAGUUUAUAUUUAUUUCCAGUAACUGUAUGUUUUCCCCUGCUCAGGUAACUGUAGAACCAACCCUGUUGUACGUAACAAUAAAGUUGAAGGUUGUUGUUAACCCA